AUGCUCCCGUAUAGAGUCUCUGAAGCCGCUGACCCCACCACCCCUCUUUGUCAAAACCGUUCAGGCUGGCUGGCUGAAAGGGUGACCACUGGUGCAGUCUGCACUGCUGAAGUCUUUGCCUUGAUGCUGCUGAUCUCCAUACCGCUCCGCACCGUGCAAGAGCUCAUGGCACCGCUCUCCGCCACACACGACAUCCGACUUCCGGUGAUGCUUGUCCCCAUUACAGUGCUCGUUUUUGCUGCCGCAAGAAGCAAGAACACCUUUGCCAUCCUUGGGUCGCUGAUUCUUCUCGUGGUGGUGCUGCUGAUUGCUCUGAUUCCCCGUGCUUGGCUCUAUCCUGCCAUGCUGCUUGCUGCUGCACUGCUGGUGUCCACCUUCCUAUGUCUCAAGGCCUGCAUCUCUGCCUAUCUCUCUGCCUCUGUACCUGCACCAAAUAUCUCCGAACAACACGCGGGCCUAAUGUCCCUCGCCGAAUUAAAAGUUGCCAACUGCCCGCUCAUCUCCUUUCUCCCAGAAAACUUCUCCUUCCCUGCCCUUCACACGCUCACCCUACACUCCCUGGGCAAGCUGAAUGUUCUCCGGGAUUUAUCCAGGCUGUUCAGCGCUGCAGGGCGCAUGCACUUGGUCGGGGAUUCUUGCACGGCUACUAUUGAGACGUCGCAGAAGUCUGUUGCAACUGGCUUUCUUGUGGAUGCGGAAGGGUAA